AUGGUUAUGGAGGCGGUAUGGGUGGUGGAUUCGGUCCGAGUGCACACCGUUAUCAAGCCAAUCGAACAGCGCGUGAUUGAACAAAUUGUGCCCCGCCGCAUCAUUACCCAGCAGGUGCAGCCCGUUCAAGAGGACGUUCAAACCAUCGUCGCCCGACAGGUUCAGGGUGGAUCCAUUGGCGGCGGAGCUGGUGGCCUGAGCGGUUUGGGGGGCGGAUCUGGCCUCGGCAAUCUUGGAGGUGGUUUCGGUGGAAACGGUCUUGGAGGAGGCCUCAGUGGAGGCCUCGGUGGAGGCCUCGGAGGUGGUCUCGGUGGUGGAUUUGGUGGUGGUCGUGGCGGUUUCGGUGGUGGUCUGGGCGGAAGCGGCGGCUACUAA